AAUUUCUUUUUUUAAAAAAAAAAAGAAUAAUAAUAAUAAGUGUACCAAAGAAUAGAUGUAGUGGUAUAUACGGGACGUUGUGACCGUAGAGUUGUAGUAGUUGACAAGGGAGGGAUGAUGUGUGUGCAUCAAACAAAAGGAAAGUAAAGGAGAGACCAGAGAGCAGGAGCAGCAGCAGCGAACCAGCCAAGGCAGUUAGCAGCUGUUAUUACAAUUACAAUUACAAUUACAAAGUAAGAUGUCUGUAGCAGCAGAACAGGAAGGAGGUGAAGGGCAAACCCAAACAGAGGGAAAGUGGCCAGGAUGGCCAGGAGACAACGUCUACAGGCUAAUUGUCCCGGUGGCCAAAGUAGGAAGCAUUAUUGGUCGUAAAGGAGAACUCAUCAAAAAGAUGUGCGUUGAAACUCGCGCCCGCAUUCGCAUCCUUGAUGGCCCUCCCUCUAUCUCUGAUCGCAUCGUUUUGAUAUCUGGAAAAGAGGAGCCAGAAGCCGCACUGUCUCCUGCAAUGGAUGCAGUGUUAAGAGUGUUCAAACGUGUUAGUGGUCUAUCUGCUGGUGAGGCUGAUGCAAUGGGUUCAGCUGUUGCUGGUGCUGCAUUUUCUUCAGUAAAGUUACUAGUUGCGUCUUCACAAGCAAUUAAUUUAAUUGGAAAGCAGGGAUCUACUAUCAAAUCAAUACAGGAAAGCACUGCUGCUACUGUCCGUGUUUUAGCAGAAGAGGAAGCACCUUCAUACGCUACUUCAGAUGAGAGAAUUGUUGAGAUACACGGUGAAGCUUCAAAAGUUUUGAAAGCAUUAGAAGGGGUAAUAGGGCAGCUGAGGAAGUUCUUGGUCGAUCAUACUGUUGUUCCUAUAUUUGAGAAAACUCACAAUGCGAUAAUAUCCCAGGACCGAUCUGCUGAUGCUAGGGCUGAUAAAACUCAGCCUUCAAUCCCUUCACUCACUGCUCUCCAUUCAGCUCCUGCUCCUCAGGUUGGAAUUGGUUCUGAAUACUCCCUGUCCUUGAAGCGUGAUCCUUCAAUUUAUGAUCGUGAAUCACACCUUGACCAAAAAAUCCCGCAAUCUGGAUUGUUACUCUUUGGGCAAGAUUCUUCACUUGGCGGAUUACGUCCAACAGGACUUGGUCGUGCCGCUGCACCUAUAGUUACUCAGAUGACACAAACAAUGCAAGUACCUCUCUCCUAUGCCGAGGACAUCAUUGGGGUCGGAGGAUCAAAUAUUGCCUACAUUCGUCGUACUAGUGGAGCGAUCCUUACUAUACAAGAGAGUAGAACACCUGAUGAGAUCACUGUAGAAAUUAAAGGCACCGCCUCUCAGGUUCAGAUGGCACAACAGCUUAUUCAGGAGUUCAUUAGCAACCAAAAGGAAUCAACACCAGGUAUUUAUGGGAAGAUGGACACGGGAUACAGUUCGUAUACACAAGUAGCAGAGAGUAGCUACCCUUCAUCAUCUUUUGCUUCUCAUAUAGGAGGUUAUGGAUCCUCUAAUUUAGGAGGGUAUGGAUCCCCUGGCCUAGGAGGUUAUAGCAGUUACAGAUUUUGAAUGUCUGUGUGGAAAGCCAAGCCCCUUGUAAUGUAGGACACAUGUUUUGAUGAUUAUCGGAAUUUUGGUCAUUUCAUUUCUUGAUAGUUGAUAGAUAUAAAUAAAUAUUGUGACUUAAUUGACUUUGAAUAA